UCCUGAACAAACCACUGGUAAUAAUUCAUGGUACUGGUAAUGGUAAGAAACUGAGUUUACUAAUACGACUCGACGAUUUAAAAAAUUCUAAUUUUAAAAAGUAUCCAGUUGAUAACAAGGAACAAAUCAGGAACCUCUCUUCGAGACUUGUUUUCGGGGUGGGGGGGCUAUUUUGCACGCUGGAACAAAUCCCCAAUACUGGUAAAGUUGACUGUCAAUGUCGCUCAUUUCUGAAAAAAGAUAUCAAAUUAAACAACAUUUGGAUUAAACGAGACGAAAUAUGUUUUUCCACCGGAAAUCUUUUUAAUGUAACCAAGGUUACACGGAGUUCAAAUGACAUUGACGACCAAUUGUGACUAUGAGUAAAAAUUUGACUUUGUGGUGAUUUGAGGUAAAGCUGCAUGAUGUUUCCCUUUUUAAAAGGGCUUCCCUUGACCCACCUGGCAAGACAUCUUCACGGGUGCUCGCACACUUUUCACAUUCGUUUUUUUCGAGCACCACAACGGCUUCUACAUGGAACCUCUCGGCCAAUUCUGGUCCCAGGCGGCACUCCCGGGACGCUCUUGUUCAAAACUUCCCGCAUUCAGUCGCUUCCACGUGAGGCUCAUCAGUUUCGGACCUCUGCUCGGGUACAGGCCUUACCUGCUCCACUUAUUUGGAUGGUGCUGAAGCCUGUCCAGAAGCUCAUUGCCAUCAUACUUGGCAGGAGUUUAAGGAAAUGGUGGGUGGCGUUGCCUGACAAUCGGCGUGAGCUCUUCCGCCAGUGGGCGUGGCGGCAGCGCUGGAGGCUGGCAGCGGCUGCGGGCAUGGCGGCGGCGGUCACGGUCCUCCUCAUCUUUACGCACCUAGACCAAUCCCCGUUGACUGGACGCACACGCCUCCUGGUUUUCAGCAGGCAGAACUACAUGGAGUUAGCAGCUGUUACCUCAAAAUUUUACAUGGAGGAGUUUGGUGAGCUUCUGCUCCCCAAGAGUGACGCUCGCCAUCAGGCAGUGGAGCAAGUGGUUCAGCACCUAGCACGGCGUAACCUGGACCUCCCCGAAAUGGCCGACAUUGACUGGAGCGUCCACGUGGUGCAGAGUGACAUCACUAAUGCCUUCGUGCUCCCGAAUGGCAAAGUGUUCAUGUUCACGGGCAUGCUGCAAGCUGUGACGGACAUCCACCAGCUCACCAUCGUCCUGGCGCACGAGAUGGCCCACGCUUUACUGGGACAUGCUGCGGAGCAGGCCAGCCUGUCCCACGUGUUGGACCUCCUGUCGGUGGUCCUGCUCGCUGCCAUCUGGGCCGUGUGUCCCCGCGACAGCUUGGCGCUGCUUGGUCAGUGGGCCCAGGAAAAGCUCAUGCAGGUGAUGUUCAACCGUCCUUACAGCAGAAAGCUGGAGGCGGAGGCUGACCAAGUCGGCUUGCAGUUGGCGGCCAAGGCGUGCGCUGACGUGCGUGCGGGUCCCGUUUUCUGGCAACAGAUGGACAUGAGGGAGAAGCUGAGCGGCGAGCCCAGCCUGCCCGAGUGGAUGUCUACGCAUCCGUCGCACAAGAACCGCGUGGCGCAACUUGACCGCCUCGUGCCGCAAGCUCUGGAGUUGAGGGAGCGCUGCGUGUGUCCGCCUCUGCCGUCCAGUGACCCGCGCAUCGUUUUCUCUACGAGUGUACGCGUGCUGCUGAAGGAUGCAAAGGGUGUGGGCGGGGCGCGGUUACCUGGCGGGCCUUCCGGAGUGAUGGUCCCCGCGGCCCUAAUGGCCCAAACCCCGCCUCAUGAACGGACCCAAUGAAAGUACUGAUGCUACUCUUUCAUACACUGAGCCAGUCCAUCAAAAAUAAUUUCCUGUACUACUGAUUACGCUCCUCGUGAGUAUCUCGUGGAAAAACAGGUCCGUCAUUACGUUAAGUUUAUUUAUACACAGCAGGGGUAUCGAACUAAACCUAUCCAGGGGGUCACUGGAGAGAGAGUCUAGGUUUAUGUGGCCCACAUUAAAUAUUCCACAAACAACACAUUCAAUCUUCUCAAUCUCUAUGAGAAUAUGAACGUUUCUUCAGGACAUGAAGAUUGUUGACCUGCUCUACUCUCUCCUCCCUCUGCUAUUUUAUAUAUUCCUCAACGUGUCUAGUUAAGCAAUGACUUUGCCUCAUAUUAUAAUUCUUAGCAUUGCAACUUUCCCUGUGCGUAUAUAAUAUUACACAUCGGGUCAGGAAACAAUUUUCCGACUCCCACGUUUCGUAAAAUUGGCUAUGUUGGUUGCCAAAAUUUCUUAUCACGACAGGUUUUGGGGAAGACAUGACCUGCUGACAGUAUAUAUUUUCUUUUUACCUCGUGUUACUUCACGCAAGAAAGAGCAGCUAAUUCACUUUGGCUCACUUGCUUUAGCUUUGCUAGCUUGUACUGUAAGAGAGUUAAAAAAUAGCCCAGGCCAAAGAUGUGCAAGUUGUCUGAAAAUAUAACUUAGUUGUGAAGAAAGGGACCACAAAAUGGCCCAAAAGUUUGAGACCCCUGAUUAAGCACAUUCAUUACAAUUGCUGCAAUACCAAAGCAAUUUACAAACCAUCUGAUAUAAACAAAAACAAGUCAACACAAUAAUAUAUAUUAACCCUUGAGAGUCGAAGGAUGCGCCGGCGCGUCCUCAGCGCACGUCGUCUUUGAAGCGCCCUCACGUUUUAAUUACGUCACCCACAUGCCGUUGGUUGAUCUCGUUUUAAAGUGCGGAAGUUGCGGUUUACUCUCGUUAUUAUUUGAAGUCAAUCGACCAACUAAAACAUGAGAUAUUGUCAUUUAAGUUUUAUAGUUUUAUUGUCCUCUCAAAAAAAACAUUAAAACGCUGCAUGGAUCAUUUGUUUAUGUCUAUAUUUCCAUCAUUUCUUGUCCUUUUUCAAAACGGAAGCUCCAUGAAAAAAACACAAAUCAAACGAACCCUUUCGAAGUCUCAGUGGAAGCACAAAAUGCGUUUUUAAAAAAAAUAAAUAUAACUGCCGUGCGAGGUUCCACCGAACGAGAGGGAGGAGUGGUCUGAAGCAGCGAGGUGGCGAGCGACGGCCGUUUGGAUCGAGCAGCGACUUUGUGUGACUUUGAGAAUGAAUGGAAAACUAAAUUUAGCGCAAGCAAUUGUGCUUUUUGAUCAACUUGAGGAAGAGGAUGGUCCAAAUUCGUCAUCGUCUUCUUCGGAAGAGUCCUCGAGUGAAGAUAGUGACGGAUUUGAACACGUGGGUGACGCCAUCGACGAGCUGAGGUAAGCCAACUCACUUUUUUUUUUUAAUGCUGAAAAAGUUUCUUUUGAAAGUUUCUUUUGAUAUUGCAAGACAAAGUUAAUUUUGAUGCAAUAUAAGUGUGUGUUUGUGUAUAUAAUAAUAAAAUGUGCAUAUCAGAUCAAAGUCAUACGUGCACUGUGUGUAUGCCAGGCAGGAAUUUAUAAUUUGUGGUGUUCUUCUUUCUAUAUGAAGAUUAGGGAUGUAGCACAUAUUCAGCUAUGGUAUUCUUUCUAUUGUCAUACAUAUAGAUUUCCAUUAUUAUUUAUUGCUGUAUAUAUUUUUAUUUUAUACUUUAUUAUUUUCAUAAAUACUGACUUUUUCUUCAUGUACGUUUAUAGUGACAAUGAAAGUAAAGUGAAAUGAAAAUGGAAGGGUGGAAAGAGGACCGACACCCCAUGGAAGUGUGGGCUGUCUGAUGUAGCCCUGUGUCUAAUUCCAGGACGAAACUGCUUUUCGGAGUGGCAUGCCUGAAAAAAAUUUAACUUGUUUAUUGUAAAUAUUUUUGAAAAUACUUUUUUUCCCCAAUGUUAUAUAUAUAUUGUUCCCCCCCCCACAAUCAGUCUUCUCAAUUUGUGUAUAUAAAUGUGUGUUCAAGAAGCUUGAUUGUGUGUACAUAGUUUUCAUCAAGUGAUAGGCCGCAAUACCUAAACUCAUAAAGAGAUGGCCUCUAAACACUUUUUGUGUUAGAUGACAAUGGAAUAUAUUUUUUCACUGUUCUUCACUGUUUGGUCUGCUGUAUAUAACCUGUUUUGACUAGAGCAUGUAUAAAGGCAAAAAACGCCUAUGGCUAUACCUGUUGUUUAUGUUGAACUGUCAAAUAUAAGACUAUUUAUUCUAAUUUUUUUUGGUUGAAUGUUCAUCCUAACAUGUUGAAUAAAUAUUACAAAGUUUCAAAACGGUUCGUUACGCAUGUUUGGUUGUCAAUUGGACGUCAAUAUUAAAAAUUUUGACAAAACGAUUUUGGAAUUUUUGGUGUUUUUGGGCCCAAAAUGAUGAUUUAUAAUUGGUCAGUGAGGGAAACAACAGUUUGGACAUGAAGUUCAAGGUGUCACAAAAAAAGGGACCAAACCAGGCCAUCUUAAACAAUUCUUUCUUUGAAAUAUAAAGGCAACUUCAAAGGCAUGCAAAAUCAGACAAAAUAGGCCCAGACCAUAAAGGGUUAAACUAGCGCUGUCAAUCAUUUGGAAGUUUUUAAUCGUGAUUAAUCACACGAUUCCCAUAGUUAAUCACAAUUAUAUAAAAAAUGCAAGACUAUUUUUGUAAGGUUUUAGUACUUGUUAGAUGAAAAUAUUUACAGUGAAGGAAAUUAGUAUUCGAACACCCUGCUAUUUUGCAAGUUCUCCCACUUAGAAAUCAUGGAAUGGUCUGAAAUAUUCAUCGUAGGUGCAUGUCCACUGUGAGAGAGAUAAUCUAAAAAGAAAAAUCCAGAAAUCACAUUGUAUGAUUUUUUUUCAACGAUUUAUUUGUGUGGUACAGCUGCAAAUAAAUAUUUGAACACCUGAGAAAACUAAUGUUAAUAUUUGGUACAGUCGCCUUUGUUUUUAAAUAUGGAGGUCAAAUGUUUCCUGUAGUUUUUUACCAGGUUUGCACACCCUGCAGGAAGGAUCUUGGCCCACCCAUCAGUCAGGUUUCUGGGCUGUGGCUGAGAAACACGGAGUUUGAGCUCCUGCCAAAGGUUUUCUAUUGGGUUUAGGUCUCGAGACCGACGAGGCUAUGCUAGAACCAUGUUAUGCUUCUUACAGAGCCACUCCUUGGUUUUCCUGGCUGUGUACUUUGGGUCAUUGUCAUCUUGGAGGACCCAGGCACGACGCAUCUUCAAUGCUCUGACUGAAUAUGGAGGUUGUUCCCCCAAAAUCUCACAAUACAGGGCCCCGGUAAUCCUCUCUUUAAUACAGUGCACUCAUCCUGUCCCAUGCGCAGACAAAUAACCUCCAAAGCAUGAUGCUACCACUGCCAUGCUUCACAGUAGGGAUGGUGUUCUUGGGAUAGUACUCAUCAUUCAUUUUCCUUCAAACACGGUUAAUAGAAUUAUGACCAAGAAGUUCUAUUUUACUCUCAUCCGACCACAAAACCUGCUACCAUGACUGCUCUGCAUCAUCCAAAUGGUCAUAGGCAAACUUAAGAGCAUAUGACACGAGAAAAAAAGUCUUAAAUGGCAUUAUUAUGUGAAUUAGAAUCAUAUUUUGAGACGAUUCGACUAUAUACAACAAUUUAGCAAAGCACAGAUGACGAGAAAUUAGUCUUUUAAUCUGCCGGUUAGCCACGCCUACCAUUAUAGGGCUUUAGCGUCCCCAACAGGUGGAUGACGUCAGCGGUAGACUGGGCUCAUCGGUUUUACUAUUCAGCCCAUUGAGGGGAAUUAUUCAGAACGAGGAAAACGCGACGAAGAGAGCCGCAAAAUGUCAUUGUUUCUGUCUCUCUACUCCAAUAUUUUUACAGGAUAUUCUUUUUAUCCAAGUAUUUUCCCCAAUAGCUAUAUAAAUGGCAUGGUCAUGACAAAUAACAGUCUUGUGCUGAAUGGAAUAUGAAAUAAUAAAAAUGCAUUUAUUCAGGACGACAUGGCAAAAUUACUCCAUAAUGGUCAAAACUGUCGACUUCACCUUUACUGUCGAACCUCCCGAACGAUAUUUUAUGACACCUAAUCGGACAUAUGUCAUUUCCCUUCCCCGGCUUCGGAGAAUGUGAACAAACCAGAAGGCGUGACAGCUAGCCGACAUGCUAACCCGAACCGAGUGAUGUUUCAAAGUCUUCGAAGCGGAAAAUCACACAUAACUAUCCUGGAUUAUUUGACAUGACGACCCGGUUGUCGAUUGUCUUCGCGGAUCGGCAAACCGCCCGGCGGAGAGCAAUUUGCAGUUCGUUCCCCGGAGGAGAGUGGCUGGAGUUGUUGUGCAGCUAACGUGCUGCUGCUAAUGAGCAUUAGGAGAGCUUUUUACAUGCCUAUCAAUGAUCAAACGUAAGUAGUCCUUCAUUUAAAGAAAGUUUGUAAUGUUUACUUUGGAAUCGCUGUAUUCGUAUUUGACAUAAUACAAGACAAGAUGUUUACUCACUUCCUCGUAAGUCCAAUGGUCCCACAGUAAAUAUCCAUGGUGAAUGGGAACCUUUUGAAAGUCCAAAAACGCGCAUACGCCUCUCCCUCAUACAGAAUGAUUUUUCUGCAGCCGUUUGGCUGGCGUGAUGCGAAAAAUAAACGUAUUAAUCCGCAAAAUCAGCUGAAUCCUUCGUCCUCAUACACAACAGUACACUGUAGCGUGAAGAGGACGUCUUCUACCGUACACGUCACAGCGCCCUCCUCCUCAAUGCAAGACCGAAGCCAGAAGUCACUCAUUUUCAUGGCGCGGAAUUAAAAAAACUAAAUAAAAAUAGCGAUCGCUUCCACACACAUCCAAGCGGCCCAUAUCAUUCAGGGGCAUAAAAUACCGCGUAUAUUAUGAAAUAAACAUGCUUUUUCGUGUCACAGGCACUUUAAGACGGGCCUUGACGUGUGCUGGUUUAAGCAGGGGAACCUUCCGUGCCAUGCAUGAUUUCAAACCAUGACGUCUAAAGCCUGAGUUGUGCUUCUGUGUUGCAGUGACGGCGAAGCUACUACGGCGUCAAAGAGCAUUCGAUAGUUCUGCGGCAAGGGAACGCAAUGCUCUGUGAUUCACUGCCAAGCCACUAGGGAGGUGUGGCGUUGUGUUUGUACACUUGUCGAAUUCCUUUAGUUUUCUUCCGGUUACAAAAUAAUGCCAACGGAGAUAGAACGCUUGAAUGUGGAUCUUCAGCUCAUCAACAUUGAACAACAAAUGUUGAUCAUACUGUAAUGUCCGUAACUAAGCGCGGGUCCUUUAAGAGGCGAUCAGACUGGGUAGCGGUGACGUAGUGGGAUGCGAGUGGAAAGAACGGGAGAAAGCGAAAGUUAGUGGUCGCAUGUUAUUAUUACUAUUUUAUACUUGAAGUGUGAAAUGUAAAUAAGUCACAGACUCACAGCAAAUGUGUACACAAUAAAUGAUGAAGUGCAACAACCAAAAUACGACAUAAAGUGAUAAAAAGCUUGCAGUGUUUUGCCGACUGUGUCACCGCUUCGGGUGGCCAUUCGCUUCCGAACACACGAAUACUUGUCUCGGUGGUUCUUCCAUUUUUUUAUGCAAUCGCUGACCUUGCCAUUUGGCAAUCUUUAUAAUGUCUUGAAGAGACAUUGUAGAAGUUGUUGUACUUGCUCCUCGAUUAUAUUCUCGUCGGCUUGGUCCAUUUUUGCGUGUAGCAAAACAAUGUUUGAAAAUGGCUGUGAUUUCGCGCUGAACUGGAAACAACAGUCUGAGCUGACCAAUCACAGUCCAUUUGAGCCACGUCACCAUGCGUUGACGCGUCGACCAGUCUGAAAAUUGCGGAGAUGCACGUCAGGCUACGGCGAAGGGUCGUAAAUCGGGUCUGCCUUGGGGGGCGUAGGUCUGCCGCAAAAGAAUAAUAAUAAUAAACUCAGCCUUCAGUGUAUUACCAACAGUAACCUUGGAAACGGUGGUCCCAGCUCUUUUCAGGUCAUUGACUAACUCCUGUCGUGUAGUUCUGGGCUGAUUCCUCACCUUUCUUAGGAUCAUUAACUCAUUCACUCCCAGCCAUUUUCACCGAAGCAAGGCCCUUCGCUCCCGGCUGUUUUACAGGAUUUUGACUGAUUUUGCAAGGCCCACAGAAAAUUCUGUUCUAUUGCUAUAUAAACAUGGAACCCACCAAAAGAAAGGGUAGACUCUCUUCUUUCAGCAGAAAAAAAAGUUGGUUCAUAUCUUUUUCCAUUCUUUAGAAAUCAGCAUUAGAAAAUAGCUUAGUUUGAGCAAUUUUCCAAUUUCUAAUGAAAACAGAGAAUGAGAAAUUGAGCUUUUUGUGAAAGCAUACAUUUCAAACAUAACUUUGACUUAUACACAGGUAUUUUUUGCUUUAGUUACAUCCCAAAUAUCUGAAUAAUGUUUUCCUUUUACAAAAUAAGAUGAACAAGACAAAUAGAGUUUUUGAUAGCAAAGUAAC